AUGGCAAACUUAUAUACAGCUCAACAAAACGUUGCUUCUAAUAAUGAUAUGACUGAUGCAUAUGAACUUGGUUCGGCCAUGGCUCGUGAACAAUUAUCAUCUGAAGAUAAAAAACUUCUCGAUGAAAUGGAACAUGAUACAGUAAUUGUUGUACCUGGUACGUAUGAUCAUAUACAUCAAGUAUUAACAAGCUUAAAAAUUCCAUUUAAAACUGUACAUCAACAUGAAUUAUUAACUUAUCCAUUGCGUCCAGAAGACCAAACAGUUUAUGUUAAUUGUGCUAGUUCAUUUCCAGCUGAUGUUGCUCAUCGUUUACGUAAAUUUGUUGAUGAUGGUGGUCAAUUAAUUACGACAGACUGGGCUUUAAAAAAUGUUCUUGAAGUUGCAUUUGGUGAAUUUGUUCGACAUAAUGGUCAAAUGACUGGUGAUGAAGUUGUGGGAAUACAAGUCAAUGAUCCAACAAAUCCAAUUGUAGCUGGAUUUUUACCAGCUGCAAAACAUGUUGAUCCACAAUGGUGGCUUGAAUCAUCAUCAUAUCCAAUAGAAAUUGUUGAUCAACAACGUGUACGUGUUUUAAUUAAAUCAAAUGAAUUAAAUAAAAAAUAUAAUUCAUAUGCUGUACUUAUUACAUUUGAUUGUGGUAAAGGCAAUGUUAUACAUAUGAUAUCACAUUUUUAUUUACAACGUUCAGAAACACGUGAUGCAAGACAUAAGAUGUCAUCAGAACAAUUUGCUGUUGAUAUGAAUGCAUCGGAAGAAAUUAAGUCUAAAGCGAAAAAAAUGACAAAUUUAAAUUAUGCACAAGUGCAAUCAUCAGCAACAUCAUCAGCAUUUAUUUAUAAUCAAUUAGCUAAUAGACUUAAGAAGAAUUGA